AUGAGCAGCCGCAACACCCGACCCAAGAUCCAACAUAACAGACCAGACCAAAGGCGAAGUUCGGGCGCGGACGAGCGGAACAGCGAGGGCCCUUCUCCUUCCACUGCCCCCGUGCUUGGCCCAAUGACCGUGAUGGGGCAGAGCUGCCUCCUCCACGACCGCAGAGGCAGUGUGAAGAUACUGCACAGGGACGAAAAUAUGGACCCAUUAAUGAGCAUGGAGGUAGACACCAGGGUCUCAGUGAGCCCUCUGAGCCAGCGCCGUGAUAGUUCCCUCACCACACCGAUACAACGAGCCCUGCGAUCAUUCAGCAUUCCACUGGAGAGGCUGCAUGUUAUGAAGGGCCACAUGAUGCAGGACAUGUGCAAGGGGCUGAGCCGUCAGACACAUGCACGGGCCAAAGUGCGGAUGCUGCCCACCUACAUCUGCGCCACUCCCAAUGGCACUGAGAAGGGAAACUUUCUGGUGGUGGAGCUGUGCCAGAACCAGAUUCGGACCCUGUUGGUGACCCUCUACGGAGAUGGAAACAUGAGCCCCCACAUGAUGUACAAGAUCUUUGACAUGCCAGAGGGCAUCAUGCAGGGCGAGGGGGAAGCGCUCUUUGACUUCAUUGCACAAUGUGUGUCCCAGUUCCUGGCCGAGACCAUCAGCCCUGACGCCGCUCAAUCUGAGGAACUCCAAAGCCUCCCCUUGGGCUUUGUGUUCCCCUUCAGCUGCCGGCAGACACAGCUGGACAAGGCAGAACUCCUUUCCUGGUCUAAGGGCUUCAGCUGCAGUGGUGUGGUGGGGAAGGACGUGGUGCAGCUGCUGCAGGCAGCCAUCAAUAAGCAGGAGGUGGGGGCCAAUGGGACAGAAGGCCAUUGGCUGUCCCCGUUUAGGGGCUGGAAAUCCUCUCAAUUUACUCCCCGCCAGCUCUGCCACGUGGACGUUGUUGCCCUGAUGAAUGACACUGUGGGCACCAUGAUGACCUGCAGCACGGAGGGGAGACCAUGUGAGAUCGCCAUGGUUGCAGACAAGGGCUCCAACUGUUGCUUCAUGGCUGAGGCACACCUGGUGGAAACAACAGACGAGACCAGCGGGAGGAUGUGUGUCAACACUGAGUGGGGCUGCUUUGGGGAUGAUGGCACCCUGAAUGAUGUCUUCACACCCUAUGAUGAAAGUGUGGAUGAGGAAUCUAACAACCCUGGGGAGAAGAGGUUUGAGAAGAUGGUGGGCAGCCUGUACCUGGGGGAGAUUAUCCGGCACACGCUGAUUGCCCUGAGCGCUGAGAAAGCUAUCUUCACUGGGACUGAUGUUGGUGUCCUAAAGGAAAAGGGAGUGUUCACAAUGCAGCAUGUUCUGGAGAUCGUCAACAACGAGGAGGGCAUGACUGUCGUGAAGAGGGUUCUGGAGGUUCUGGGGCUGCAGCCAAGCGAGCGAGACUGCGGCCGGGUGCAGCAGAUCUGCCGGGCAGUGGUGGGGCGUGCUGCCACACUCCACGCCACCGGGCUGUCUGCCAUCCUCAGCUACAUGUGCCAGACCCGGGAGAUGGAGAUGCUGACGGUCAACGUGGGGUUGGAAGGAGAAUUGUGCACAGGCUACUUCAGGUUUGAGGAGAUCCUGCAAAAUGUGUCAAAGCUACUGGCUCCUGAGUGCAUACCUACCUUCCUGGCCUCGAGAGAUGGCUCUGGGCGGGGGGCAGCCAUGGUGACAGCAGUGGCUUUGCGCCUGGCAGCCCAGCGCCGUGAGGUGGACGAGGUGCUGGCCCCACUACGGCUCAGCCACGCUGACCUGCAGAAAGUCCAAGCACUGAUGAGGGAGGAGAUGGAGCGGGGCCUGUGUAAGGAGACCAAUGCCAGUGCCUCUGUCCGCAUGCUGCCCACCUACGUUUCUCACACACCCGAUGGCACCGAGCAAGGUGACUUUCUGGCGCUGGACCUGGGGGGGACCAAUUUCCGUGUGCUGGUGGUGCGUGUGACAGAGGAGGGCAUCAGCAUGGCCAGUGAGAUCUACGUCAUCCCAGUUGCCAUUAUGCAGGGCACCGGCACCGAGCUCUUUGACCACAUCAUUGACUGCAUCAUGGACUUCCAGACGAAGCAGAACCUGGUGACAGAGAGGCUGCCUCUCGGCUUCACCUUCUCCUUUCCCUGCCAACAAGUGGGCCUGGAUAAGGCACUGCUGCUGACCUGGACCAAAGGCUUCAGUGCCUCCGGCUGUGUGGGACAGGACGUUGUCCAGCUGCUGCGGGACGCUGCCCAGCGCAAACAGCACUUAGGGAUGCAGGUGGUGGCUCUGGUCAACGACACGGUGGGAACCAUGAUGGCCUGUGGUUAUGAUGACCCCAAAUGUGAAAUCGGCCUCAUUGUGGGGACGGGGACCAAUGCCUGUUACAUGGAGGAGAUGAAGAACGUGGGCACUGUGGAGGGGGACCAGGGCCGCAUGUGCAUCAACAUGGAGUGGGGGGCCUUUGGGGACAACGGCUGCCUAGACCACAUCUUCACCCACUUCGACAGGGUGGUGGACGAAACCACCAUCAACCCAGGCAAGCAGAGGUUUGAGAAGCUCAUCAGUGGCAUGUACCUGGGUGAGAUUGUGCGUCAGAUCUUGUUGGUAAUGACAGAGAAACAGCUCUUGUUCCAAGGCAAACCCUCCCCCAAGCUCCAGACCAAGGACAUCUUCCAGACCAAGUUCCUCUCUACCAUCGAGCUCAACGGGCUGGCCCUGCGGCAGAUACGGGCCAUCCUGAGCGAACUGGAGCUCGAUGCCAGCUUUGAGGACAGCGUGCUGAUGCGCGAGGUGUGCCAGGCCGUGUCCCUGCGGGCAGCCCAGCUCUGCGCUGCUGGCUUGGCUGCUGUGGUGGAGAAGAUGCGGGAGAAUCGGGGCCUGGAACAGCUGUCUGUCACUGUUGGGGUGGAUGGCACCUUGUACAAGCUGCACCCGUGCUUCUCCCAAAACCUCCAGAAGACACUGAAGGACCUGGCGCCCAACUGCAACGUGUCCUUCCUGCUAUCAGAGGAUGGCUCAGGGAAAGGGGCUGCGCUCGUGGCAGCUGUGGCCAGUCGCAAUGCCAACGCCAUGCAAUAG